GAGCCGCUGCCCUCGGUGCCGCAGAGCGGGCCGCGUGGCCCGGCCGCGGGCGCCCUCAGCGCCCGCCGCGCCGCCGCGGCCCUGCGCGCGCAGGUGGUGCAGCGCGGCGUGCCGCUGGCCCUCACGGUGGUGCGCGCGCGGGGCCGGGGGGGCGGCGCCCCGGCCACGUGCAGGUUCUGGGUCCGGGGCAGGAACCCGGAUGCCAAGUUCCAGACGCCGCCAGCGGUUGAGGUCGGCGCUUGCGCGGACCUCGUGUGGGCUUUCCAGCAGAAGGUCCCCGGCGCCGAGGAGGGGGACGUAGUGGAGUUCGAGAUCCUUGACGGCCGCCCCGGCUCGGGGGCGCACGGCUUGGAGGAGCAGGCGCCCACGUGCAGGGGCGUCCUCGUGCUGGUGCGGGCGCACCUCUCCGCGGGCGGGGCGGAGCUCGAGGUGCCCCUCGCGGAGGUGCCCGGCGGCGGGCCCGCGGGCUCCCUGCAGGUCCGCGUGCGCGAGCUGGUGGCCGGCGGCGCCCAGCCCUCCCCGCGGGAGACGCUCCGGUGGAGCCCGCGCGGCUGGAGCCCCGCGCCUCGGCCGUCGCCGCGGCUCGCGGCGCCCUCCGCCGCCCGCCGCCGUGAUGACGAGCCAACAGCGUUUCAUUGA